GCCGUUCCAUAUUACAAUACCUAUACUAUAUAAUAUUUACAAUACUAUAGAGUAUAGAUAUUUCUAAAGCAGUUAUUAGUAUUUACUUAAUACUUUGAUAUCUACGUGUAUAGUUUAAAUAUACAGAAUACAUAAUAUGCAAUAAUAUAUUAUAUUAGAUAUUAGAUAUUUAUAUUUUAUAAUAUGCAUUUUAAUAAUAUACAAUAUAAUUUGUUUUUCCUUUAAAUCUGAAUCUCGUACACAGUUACACCGUAUAAAUUCUACCAGUAGACCCCUUCAACGCAACCAAAUUGAAUUGAAUUCUCCUCAACAACCUCGAAGACGGUUCUUGUCAUAUAUUUUUCGUCGGUAUUAUAACACAAUUUUCUACUUAUUAUUAUUAUUAUUAUUGUUUAAUUAUUAUCUACCCGUUAUACACUUUAUCUUCAAUCCGGCGCAGUGCGCACUCGUCCCGAACACUUGCACUGCACACGGCAUUCGCUAUUCAUACCGCUAUUCAUUUCCGGUUUUUCUCGACCGUCCAUUUCCUCUGAUCGUGGCAAAUUCGCAAUUACCAAUUCACCGUUAUCAAUACCGACACAAGCGAUGUCGGAUUGCCGUGCACAGCAGAUUGCAGACGUUGGAUCGCCACCGGACAUUUGGGUGGAAAGAUGUGGCACGACGAUGGUACAGACACCAGACGACGAAUAAGUGUUCGUCCUCGAACCAUUGUUUUCGGUUCGUCGUUGUACCGCUGUUGUGUAUCUGAAAGUGGCCCAAUAGUUUGGAUUCUGCAACAGAUUGAUGGGUUGUAAUUAUGCCGAUAGAUAUGUAUGAUGUUAUUUAUGUACCCAAAUACUAAGGAAAGGUUACAUCAAAGUGAUAGCCAAACCUAAUAUUCACUUGGUAAUAGAUGCGUGCAUGUUUUAGACAUGAACAACAUAUGGAACUAUAAAGAUACCAAUUAUGGAUAAUGAUAUAUUGGAUGAAAGAUCGAGGGAAUUUUUAGAAACUGCAGAUCAGUAUAUUACUGAACAUGGCCAUCAACAUGUAUCUGAAGAAAAUAGUAAACAACUUGUUAAUGACCAACAUAAUUUGCCUGAAGAAUUUCGUAUUGAUGAGAAUGGAGAAUUGUCCCAUCAUGCAACUGGGUAUUAUGACACAAAUGAUAUUUUAUCUGGUAAUGGAUCCACAACACUCACUGAAGAUGACCAUCGAUUAGCUAAUGAACUAGCUGCUGAGCUUGCCCAACAGAAUAAAUCUCUUGUUGAUGGUGGCCAUCACGAUACUCAUCUUAUGACCAGCUAUCUAUAUAGUACUGAUUUUGAUUUAAACACAAACAGUAAACAUUCAUCACAAACUUCAAGUCAUAUCAAUAAUCAACAAAUUAUUAGUUCUGAAAAUUUAAUAGAAGAUGAAGCUUCAGAAUCUGAUUACCAUGUGGAAAUACAAAAUAAUUUACCACACAAAAAACGUUUUCGGAAAAGAGAAUCCACCCCGGCUCCAAUGAGAAAUAUUCAUUCAAAGUGUUACAAAUGUAAACAAUGUGGUGAACAGUUUAAUUCUCAAUCUGCAGUUACCGCACAUAAACCAGUACAUGCUCCUAAAAAGGUUAAUGGUCGAAUGCCAUUUUUAUGUGAGAUCUGUGAUAAACAUUUUACACAUCAAAUAAAGUUUUUUGAACAUCUAAAAUUUCAUUAUGAACCACAGCAAAGUAAAGUAAUUGUAGUUACUACAGACUCUGGUACUUCACCACAUCAUGUAAAUUAUCAAAAUCACAAUGUUCAAGAAUCAACCGACAAUAAUGAAAAUCAAUACAUUGAAGAAACUAUUGAAGAUCAACCAGAACUUCAUGAUCUUCCUCCGCUUCAGAGUUAUAGAUUAACAGAAGAGGAGAACAUGGAGGAUGAUAAACAUUGCAUAUUUUCAUCUGAUGGAUCUAUAUUGGCUGCACAACUUCAGCAGCCAUUUCCUUCUUGUCAUCUAUGUGGUAGAAAUUUUCGUCGUUUAAAAGCAUUGGAAAUUCAUAUGGCUUCUGUACAUCCACAACCUGCAACUGUUGUUACUGUUAAACAGGACUGUUUAGAAGAGUUUUCUGAUCCAGAAGAUCUAAUGGAAGGUAUUCGUCAUAUGGUACCUGGUGUAGCUGAUACUGAAUCAGAAACUGAUGAAAAACAGCCAAUACAAGAGCAAAUUUGGGAUUACAAUGGUGAAAACAUGACAAAUCAUGUAGAUCCUAUGAUUAAACCAAAAGAAGAAAAUAAUUGUUUGUUAAGUGGAAAUGAUGAUAAUGGUGAAAACAGUCGGGCAGAACACACUUGGGAAGAUGAUACAGAUGAAUUAGAACAAAUAAUGAAAAAAAAUAUAUCAAAGAAUCUUAUAUGCACUCAAUGUAAAAGAAAGUUCAAUCACCGUAAUUCUCUACUAUAUCAUUUAAGAUCACAUUCCGGUAAACGACCGCAUAGCUGUAAGCUAUGUCCUAAAAGUUUCUUCUCCAGCAGUGCUCUUAAGGUACAUAAUCGGCUUCACACUGGAGAUAAGCCAUUUGAAUGUGAAUGGUKUGGACGAAAUUUUCGUCAGUGGGGUGACCUUAAGUAUCAUAUUGCUUCAUUGCACUCUGAAUCUAAACAAUUUCAAUGUGAAUUUUGUGGUAAAGACUUUGCUCGUAAAUACUCAUUGAUUGUUCAUCGUCGAAUACAUACAGGAGAAAAGAAUUAUGUUUGUGAAUUUUGUAAAAAAACUUUUAGAGCGUCAUCUUAUUUGCAAAAUCAUCGUCGAAUUCACACAGGUGAAAAACCAUAUAAAUGUGAGACUUGUGGUAAAGCAUUCAGAGUACGUUCAGAUAUGCGUCGACAUACUGUAGUACAUAGGAAAGAUGUAGUAAACUCUGUUCAAAUUAAUAGUUAUGCUGGUCAAGUGAGUGGGAUUGUUACAUCUUCAGAUAUGAGUAUUCAUCUAACUAAAUUGGAAGUGGAUAAAGAUAAAAUAACAGAAGAUUCUGAUGGAGAUGUUAAAUUCCAUGAAAAUUUCUCUCAUGAUUCUAAUCAAAUAUUAACUGCAGAUGAAGUUAGUGCACCUCUUAAUCUCAAUUUACGAGCUCAAGAUAAUGGUCACAAUGAUGAAUCAGCUAAUUAUGAACAGUUUAAUGGGCGUCAAGAAAUUAUUGAUCGGGAAACAAAUACUUUAUAUGUUUGGAUUCCAUCCAAUACUGAGCAAUUAUUACAAAGUGAAUAAUUAGAGUGAACAUAAAAAGAGUCUUGUACAAUUUGGUCAAUUUCUAAAAUCCAAAGACUUAUAACUUGUAAUAUUUCUCUGAAUUUUAGUUAACAUGGCUUCUGGAUGAAGAUUUCAAAAAUGCAAAAAAUAAUACAUACUCUGACUUAAAAGAUCUUAAGUUUGAGAGUUUUUUUUUGCUGUUGCUAAGUCUGAUAUAAAUUUGAUUUAAAUAACAAAAAUUGUGUUUGAUUAAUUUCUUUUCAGACAUUAAAAUCAAAUAAGAAAAUGUUAACAAGGUAAAUUAUUCAAAUCAAUUGACCCAUAUACCAUUGUAUAAGUAUAGAGAUUUGAGUCGAUAAAUGUAUUAUGUGUAAUAUAAUUAACACAAUUUGUUGAGUA